AUGGCUGAAAAAGAGAAGAAAGAGAAGAAAGAGAAGAAAGAAAAGGAUCCAAAGGACAAGAAGGAGAAAAAGGAGGAGAAAGAUGAUAAAAAAGAUAAGAAGGAGAAGAAGGAGAAGCGACGAGAUGAAGGCGGUCUAGACUUGUGGGCAUCCACAGUGGACAACACGGGCUCCUUCGCCGGAGCCAAUGCUUAUGGCGGUCCCAAGGCGCCACAAGACAAGCGCGAAAAGGAGAUAGCGAAGGAGAAGGAGAUCAAGAAGGAUGCAGAGACGAAGAGCUUGAUCGGAGUGAGCGACGUGAUCUCUGCAACGCUCAAGAAGCAACACGAGGCCAAGAAAGAGGAAGCCAGGAAGGAAGCUGAAAAACGGAACAAGGCAAUAAGGGCAGCUCGGAAAGAGCAAGAGACCAAAGAUGAAGCAGAUGACACGUACCAGAUUAUGGACAAGAGCGGCCUCGGAAAUUUCAUGGAAAAAACGGAAAUUAUGGACAUCAUGAAGAACACCGUGAAAACAGCUGUCUCGCAAUCGGGGUCACGAUGCCAGGUGUCAACGAGAACCUUCAUGGACGAGAAGCUCUACACCAAUGCACAAGCCAAAUUCGAGUCCCUGGGUGAUCUAAAGGCUGUCAAAGGCUUCACCUUCAUCCGUGGUCCCAAGGAGGAGCCAGGAGUCAAGCUGACCCUGCUUCGACCGGCGACCGUGUACGUGGCUUUGAGCAAGGCUCCAAACGAGGAUGACCCUUUUCUGAGGACCUGGCAGGUGUUGGGUUCGGACUUCAAUCUGCCUGAGUUCUCCGAAGAUAUCGCGCCUAUACACGAGGUCAAGAAGAAGGUCUACCGCGACCCAGACAAUAGAAACAUUGAAGUUCCGAAGCCGCCGCCUGGGCUAGAAACCUGCCUCGUGUUUGUCCUUCCAGACUUUCACGCGGAGAUGUUUGGAGAGGAGAAGCUGUCAGAAGAGGAACUUCAAGAGAAGGAGCGAGCAGAAGCUGCAGCCAGGCGCGCUGGAAGAUCUGCCGCAUCCAGUUCAGCCAAGGAAGCGCCAUCCAAGGCUGAAGAACUCGAGGCAAUCCUCAAGAAGGUGGAAGCUGGAGAGAAGCUGUCGAACAAGGAGAAGAGGGCUUACGACAAGCAUCAAGAGAAGAAUGUCGUGUACAAGAACGAGGACGAUGAACCGGUGGGUGGAAUGAAUGCUUUUAGCAUCAUCCUUGAGGGUGGCAAGAACGAGCCUCCGCCUUCUGGCGAUGCUUUCGUCUGCAACAACUUCACGCUCUCGGCGCCGAAGCAGACUUUGUUCGACAAUGCGAGCAUCACCAUCGUUCAAGGCCACCGCUAUGGCAUCCUCGGACCGAAUGGUCAGGGAAAGACCACGUUGCUGCGGCACAUCGCGGCGCGUGAGAUGCCGGUGCCGGUCAAUUGGGACGUCAUUCUGGUGGAACAGGAAGCGAAAGCAACGGAGCGGUCUGCAGUUGAAGAAGUGCUGGCAGCGGACAUCAGGGCGGCGGAGCUGAUCAAGAGAGAAGAAGACCUGCUUCAGAAGCUGGAGGACAUGGAGACAGCCAUGGAGAAGGGAGAGGAGGUCUCCGCAGAUGAUUUGGAAAGGAUGCGCUCUGAUCUCGAGAACACCUCUGCAGAGCUUGAGGCCAUCGGUGCAGAUUCUGCCGAAGCUAGAGUUCGAAAGAUUUUGUGUGGCUUGGGAUUCACAAACGGCCAUCCAGAUGAAGACCGGUUUUCAAUGGACAGGCCUGUGGUGCAGUUUUCGGGAGGAUGGCGAAUGAGAAUCAGUUUAGCGAAGGCGCUGUUCUUGCAGCCAAAGCUGCUGAUGCUAGAUGAGCCAACAAAUCACUUGGAUUUGGAUGCAGUUUUGUGGCUGGACACCUACCUGUCCGAGCACUAUCCCCACUCUGUGGUCGUUGUGUCGCACGAUGCCGACUUCCUCGAUAGCAUUUGUACAGAUAUCUUGCAUUUGGAGGACAGAAAGCUUGUGCACUACCGUGGUGAUUACACAGCUUUCAAGAAGAUGCACCUGCAGAAGCGGGCGACGUUGGACAAAGAGUACAAGAAGCAGCAGGACGAGCUCAAAGCUUUGAAGAAGAAGGGCAAGACAAAGGAUGAGGCUGAGGCUCUUGUGAAGAACAAGUUUGGAAUUGAUGCCCUCGACGGUCUCAUGGAAAAGCACAAGGAUUACGUUGUGAAAUUCAAGUUUGAGGGCCAUGGAAUGGACAGAUCACUGGGACUCAACGUUUCAGAAGUGGCCUUCAGCUACAACGGGAAGGAGCCGUGGCUGCUUGACGAAGUAGAAAUCGGCGUGGAUUGUGGAUCGCGCAUUGCAAUCGUUGGCCCGAACGGAGCGGGAAAGUCUACGCUCCUUAACCUGAUGAUGCAACACCUUGAGCCCUGCGUUGGCGAUGUUGCAGUAUCCAAGGGGAUUCGUAUCCGUCAGUACCACCAGCACUUUGAAGAGCUUUUGCCCUUAGAUAAGACUGGCAUCGAGUACCUUACGGACGAGUUUAAUCUUGGUCCACCGGAGAAAGCCCGAGCUGUGCUAGGACAAUUUGGGCUGCCAGGAAGCUCCCACUUCACAAAGAUUGGAAAUCUGUCUGGAGGCCAGAAAGCUCGUGUAGCUUUUGCUGCCCUGAUGCUGAUGAAGCCUCACAUCAUUAUCUUAGACGAGCCGACGAACCAUCUGGACAUUGAAUCUGUUGAAGCAUUAACGACAGCUAUCGCCAACUUCAAUGGUGGCUUGGUGUUGGUGAGCCAUGAUGCCAGACUCAUCACGGAAGUUGACUGUGAGCUGUGGGUGUGUGAGGAUGGGGGUUGUUAUCGAUUCGAGAAGGACUUUGAUGGAUACAGGGACAAAGUCCUACACCAGCUGGAAGAACGUCAAGCUGAAGUGGAGCGGAUGGAACAGAAACGUCGAGAAGAACGAGCGAAGAAGCGUGCAAAGCACGUCUCAGAAGAGCAGCUCAGAGCCGCCAAAGACCGCAAGCAGGCGGCAAGGGCGACAUCCGACUCCAAGGAUGCCGAGAAACGCGCGGACUGA